GCGGAGGGCGGCGGCCCGGGCACGGAGGAGGUGGAGUGCCCACUGUGUCUAGUGCGGCUGCCGCCGGAGCGGGCCCCGCGCCUACUCAGCUGUCCGCACCGCUCGUGCCGGGACUGCCUCCGCCACUACCUGCGCCUGGAGAUCAGCGAGAGCCGGGUGCCCAUCAGCUGCCCCGAGUGCAGUGAGCGACUCAACCCGCACGACAUCCGCCUGCUGCUCGCCGACCCACCGCUCAUGCACAAGUACGAGGAGUUCAUGCUGCGCCGAUACCUGGCCUCGGACCCGGACUGCCGCUGGUGCCCGGCCCCAGACUGCGGUUAUGCUGUUAUUGCCUAUGGCUGUGCCAGCUGCCCAAAGCUAACCUGUGAGAGGGAAGGCUGCCAGACUGAGUUCUGCUACCACUGCAAGCAGAUAUGGCAUCCAAAUCAGACCUGCGAUAUGGCCCGGCAGCAGAGGGCACAGACUUUGAGAGUUCGGACCAAGCAUACUUCAGGUCUCAGUUAUGGGCAAGAAUCUGGACCAGCAGAUGACAUCAAGCCAUGCCCACGAUGCAGUGCUUACAUUAUCAAGAUGAAUGAUGGAAGCUGUAAUCACAUGACCUGUGCAGUGUGUGGCUGUGAAUUCUGCUGGCUUUGUAUGAAAGAGAUCUCAGACUUGCAUUACCUCAGCCCCUCUGGCUGUACGUUCUGGGGCAAGAAGCCAUGGAGUCGGAAGAAGAAAAUUCUUUGGCAGCUGGGCACAUUAAUUGGUGCUCCAGUGGGGAUUUCUCUCAUUGCUGGUAUUGCCAUCCCUGCCAUGGUCAUUGGCAUUCCUGUUUACGUUGGAAGGAAGAUUCACAGCAGGUAUGAGGGAAGGAAAACCUCCAAACACAAGAGAAAUUUAGCCAUCACAGGAGGAGUGACUUUGUCGGUCAUUGCAUCCCCAGUGAUUGCAGCAGUUAGUGUUGGUUUUGGUGUCCCCAUUAUGCUGGCAUAUGUCUAUGGGGUUGUGCCCAUUUCUCUCUGUCGUGGCGGUGGCUGUGGAGUUAGCACAGCUAAUGGAAAGGGAGUAAAAAUUGAGUUUGAUGAAGAUGAUGGUCCAAUUACAGUGGCAGAUGCCUGGCGAGCCCUCAAGAAUCCCAGCAUUGGGGAAAGCAGUAUCGAAGGCCUGACUAGUGUGUUGAGCACCAGUGGAAGCCCUACAGAUGGACUCAGUGUUAUGCAAGGCCCUUACAGUGAAACAGCAAGCUUUGCAGCCCUCUCAGGGGGCACGCUGAGUGGUGGCAUUCUCUCCAGUGGCAAAGGAAAGUACAGCAGGUUAGAAGUCCAAGCCGAUGUCCAAAAGGAAAUUUUCCCCAAAGACACAGCCAGUCUUGGUGCAAUUAGUGACAACGCAAGCACUCGUGCUAUGGCCGGUUCCAUAAUCAGUUCCUACAACCCACAGGACAGAGAAUGCAACAAUAUGGAAAUCCAAGUGGAUAUUGAGGCCAAACCAAGCCAGUAUCAGCUGGUGAGUGGAAGCAGCACAGAGGAUUCACUCCAUGUCCAUGCUCAGAUGGCAGAAAAUGAAGAAGAAGGUGGUGGCGGUGGUGGUGGCGGUGGCGGUGGUGGUGGUGGUGGUGGCGGUGAUGGUGACGGUGGCAGCGGCAGCGGCGGCAUUGAAGAGGAUCCCCCCUGCAAACACCAAAGCUGUGAACAGAAAGACUGCCUGGCCAGUAAAGCUUGGGACAUCAGCCUGGCCCAGCCAGAGAGCAUCCGCAGUGAUCUGGAGAGCUCUGACACACAGUCAGAUGACGUGCCAGACAUCACCUCAGAUGAGUGCGGCUCUCCCCGCUCCCAUACUGCAGCCUGCCCCUCAACCCCCAGAGCCCAAGGUGCACCAAGCCCAAGUGCCCAUAUGAACCUCUGUGCCCCAGCCGAGGGACAGACUGUCUUGAAGCCAGAAGGUGCAGAAGCCAGAGUAUGAAGUGAAAUGAAUGCUCCUGUUCUGAGAAGCACAUUUGUUUCAUUGUUAGUCCUAUGCUUCAGAGGAGGACAGGGUGGCAGUCCCAGUUGCUCUCAAGAGGUCUCCAUGAACGUUGCAGAGUCACAAGUUGGGAACAGUAUUUCUAUUGGAGAAGGAAAUGUACCAGCAGUGAUGGAGGCAUUGGCUGUGUUCUCAGAUACACCUGCUCUUUGUCUUGCUACACUGAGGAUGAGGAGUCUGGACAACAGCCAGCAUCUUACUUCUUGGGCACUACAUUCCAACUUGGCACAUUUUCUUACACCUGAAAUAAGAUGCCAUUAGUGGACUUCAGGUCUCUGGAAGAAAGCACCCUAAAGGGUGUCCCUGUGUGAUAAAAGGAACCUAUUGGAAGAAGAGGCGGGCAAUCUGGAGACCUGAAAUGCAGAUUUUCCAUUCAAGACUUGGAAUUCUCUUGAAGCUUCGUCAAGAGAACAGUUAACUUGCAUAAAAUCAAAGAAGUUUGUUGGAGGGGUGUAGUUUACAGCCAAACCUGUUUUCCCCUUUCUGGGCUCUGCUUAAUGCUGUGGGACUUGGGCAGUCUACUCUUGAGUCUGCUUUCACUUAACAAAAAUGUGAUAAUAAGCCUGA